AUGACCGAAGUGGCACGCCGUCAGCCGCAUAAGAAGAAAAAAGCGUGUAGCUCCUAUCCCGUCCCGAAUUGCUCGACAUCGAUAGACCGAAUGGCUUUGUGGCGCCACUUCUUCUGGCUGGCUGACCAACACGGAUUCCAGAUCCCGGCCAUAGCCGCGUUUGUGCCCAGACGAGCGUCCCUGCCAAGUCCCCAAAUUCCGGAGGGCCUUGGCAGCACCCAACAGGAUGAUGCAGUGAAUCGACGUUGCGGUAUCCCAUAUGCUGAUACGGUCGAUGCGGAUCGCUUCGCCCUGGAAGGGGAUAGACUGUGGCAGCCCUGGGAGUCCCCACAAGUUUCCGCUGUGUUCUUCCGACGGUCGCAGUUCCAGACCUUCUUUCGUUACCUUUGGGAUGGGAGUAGGAUCAAUCAGCCUACAAACGCCGCAGACGAAUUGGCAGCGAGCGAGGAAGCCGCGGCGGUAGAUCAGGAGAUCCCAGAUUGUGUUAUUGAGCAUCCAAUGCCCUUGCCGAGUCUCUCACAGCUGCCUGAAAGAAGCAGUUCAAUGGAUUGGUUCAUGGAAAUGUGGGAUUGCGGGUUGGGAAGGCUGGCAAUGCCCGCGGGCGAUCUGGACGUGGUUGUCACCAUCCCCAAUCAUGAACCAAGAAGACUUGCGCUGCCAAAUGACGAAUCUCUAAUCAACGAGAUUUUCCAUGGUUUGAAAAUGCGCAAGUUCAGCCUCCACAGUACAGAUGAGCGCAAUGUAACAGACGAGGAAAAUUUCCACAUCUGGCAUCUGAGGAACCCAGGCCAGAAUAUUCUGGCCAGUUUGACCGAAGAGAAUGUACAGGAUUAUACCACAUCCGACUGGAAUCGGCUUAAAAGGAGGAGGAAGGGGCUGUCUGAGGCCAUGAAUGACAUAGCUGCAUGGGUAGACGAGCAAAUUUUCCGACUAUCCCUUCAUGCUCAAAAUCGCAGUUGGAAUGAACAAGAAGAGGAGGAGUAUUGA